AAGACCGGCAAACAAGACAUUUGAGCCAAUUUGUAGGAAAAUUCGUGGUUAUCAGAAUUUAGCCUAACAAUCACUGUUCCUAUCGCCCUUGCCUUGGUGCGCAUGACAGAAUAUUAUAAUAACGACCCCCGCAGCGGGCAUUUCGCGGAAGCGAAGCUUUAGCGAAAUUCAUAUUGAAACAUGGCGACGCUUGAAAGGUUAUUGGACUUACUAAGAGAAUAUCACUUGGAUGAUGUACUCUUCCAUAAUUCAACUCCAGAACUAGGCAUCCAGCAUCGGAGUAGACCAAAGCAGAAGCGAAUAAUCCGUGGCAAAAAACAGCAGAAAAGUAAGAAAUUAAAGAGAAACGAGCAGCAGCAGCCAUUCCCAAAAGGAGAUCUAGAAACGCUGCGUAGAUUUUCAGUCACUGAUGUAAAAAUCUCUAAGCAAAGCACGAAAUGGGCAAAGAAAAUGGCGGAUAAGCACCUGGAAAUUAUCCGCAAGCAUUGUAAAACAAAUUCUAUUAAGCUUUUUAACCAUUUUGAAUACACCGGGAGCUUCUAUGAGCAUCUGAAAACAAUCGAUGCUGAUGAACUUGACAUUAUGGUGGCUCUAAGCAUCAAAAUGGAUGAGCUUGAAGUUGAGCAAGUCACACCUGGCUAUGCCGGACUCAAGCUGCGAGAUACCCCGAGUAACCGAAAUAAAUACAAUGAUUUGACGAUCGCAGACAACUAUGGAAGGUAUUUAAGUCCGGAGAAAGUGUCGAGGUGGUUUUUCAGUCUGGUCCAGAAAGCAGUUAACACCUAUAAAGAUGAGAUCCCUCAAACUGAAGUCAAAUUAACGGAUAAUGGCCCGGCGACCACACUAGUAAUUACAUACCGCGAAGGUGACAAGCCCCAAGAGAAAAACAGGAGACUGAGCAUUGACCUAGUGCCUGCACUGCUGUUCAAAGACAAGACCAAGCCUGCUGGGGAUGAUUUAAGGGCUUGGCACUAUGUCGCUAAAACCAUACCUAAGGGGGCAAGGCUCAAGGAACCCCUGCCUUUCAGGUCAGAGUUGCUGUGGCGACAAUCAUUUUCCUUGAAGGAAAAGCACCUUAUGGAUAAACUCGACAAGGAUGACAAUGGUUGCCGGCGAGAAAUGGUGCGGAUAGUGAAAACUAUUGUCAAGAAAGAUCCAACGCUGGCGCAGUUAUCGUCAUAUCAUAUCAAAACCGCAUUUCUACAGUACAAUUUUUCUGAUGUGAAACUCGACUGGGAAGGCAAGAAGCUAGCGGAAAGGUUCUUGCACUUUUUGGAGUUUCUACGAGAUCGAGUAAAGGAUAAGACUUUGAAUAACUAUUUCAUUACAGAUUUGAAUUUACUGGACGAUCUGAAUGACUCAAACAUUGAUAAUAUUGCCAACCGGCUGGACAAGAUAAUACAAAAUGAGACAGAAAGAGCAAAAAUCUUCACAACCCAACGCCAGUAGGCUGGUUGGAAGAAUUCAAACACAAGCCAAUCACUGUCAAACACAAGCCAAUCACUCUCUCGCUCCCAGGCGUCUCUAGUCAGUAAAACAGAUUACCUCGCUAUGCAUCAUGGGAAUUAUCAAGCAUUACAAAGGACCAUGGGCUUACGGGCGCUAGGAGAGUCCCAGUCUUUUAACUAUCUGUAUUGUAAAAUUAGAAUUUCAAUCAGAAUUGUUAUGUGUGUUGCAUCUAGUGAACUAUUGAUAUUCGCUAAAACUGAGCCAAUCUACACUUUUAUCACCUUUAAAAUGAUCCCAACCAAUUUAUCAUCCGACCUUUAAUGGUGCUUUUUUAACUGGAUACACUAAUCUAUGCUGUUUUGGCAAUGGUGGCCAUGAGCAAAACAGCGCCAGAAGAAAUGCCCUCGAAAACAUCACCAUUUCAGUCAUGUUUAACAACAAUGAUAGAACAAUACCAUUCAGAGAUCUUUAUUUCAAAGCAAAAAUGUGAACAAUGACAGAUAAUCAGCUGGAUAUGAAAACAACUCGUUGGAAAACGGCUAGUUUACGUGACUACCGCAACACCAGUAUAGCCCACACUAGCCCAGUCAGAAGGGCCAAACCCUGCAUGGCCGGUCUGAAAGCGUCAGAUGGCAAAGUUGUCAUAGUCGUCGGCUGAGUUGGCAAUCCCUCGUUAUUGCAUCCGUCUCCUUGACAACACUUGGCAGAACAUUCAUCUAUCUGACCAGUGCUGUUAAACUCUUUGCAAAACUCGCCACACGCCAGGGACACAGUGCAGUUACGAAACUCUAUGCUGGCAGGGCUACCUGUGUCGUUACGGCCAAAAGCUUUGAAGGUCACACAGCUAUCAGGGAUGAAAGGACCGUGGGAUGGACAUUCCUGGGAAUAUAAAGAUAUUAGGCACAUAGAAAAAGAACAUAAAAUAACUUUAGUACCAUAGGAUAUAACCAACUAACUUAGUACCGUAGGAUAUAACCAAGGGGCCCCACCCUGUUCUACGACGACAUUUUUGUACAUCGGAAGGCGGUGAAUCAGCUAGUUAGCCAACAUUUUCUUUUUAUUGCAUUCAACCGAGCAAAGAAGUGCCAGCAUUACUGGUUGAUGUUGCCGCUGUUUGUACCCCGGGGCAUAUCAAUGGAUAACAUAAGCCUAAAGAAAGAAAGAGUAAGAAGUAGCCAUCAAAUAGCUGCCCCUAGCUUUCCGCUAUAAGGGGGGUGGGGGUGGUUAGCCCAAUGAACAUCCGCGGGAUUUUUAAAGGGCGCCUGGCGUUCAUCUAGUCUCCCUCACGGACAUUCUGGACGGGUCACGUCACGAUGGGAACUAGUUCACCGUCUGAUUCUUUCGAUCACCAUUUCAUAUCUUAGAGCGGAUACCUCUUUGUGACGAUACCCCGCUUUUCUAUGUGAACAAUAUAAAGAUUACCUAGUAGAGGUGCUCUAUCUUAGAAGAAAUAAUUUACCAUGAGCACAGGGUUGUCACAUGAGUGGCCACCUAGCGAUGGGACGUUGGAACAGACGUAGCAUUUUAAUGCAGGGCCUGAAAUCAAAAAUGAAUAUGUUGUUAAUCAAUACAGAGACAAUAGCACCAAUAUUUAAGCACUAGAUAAAUUUCUAAGUUAGUGAUACCUGGGUUCACCAAUUGCUUUGAAAACUAUCGUUGUUCGUGUUCGCUCAUAUUUGGGAUUCCUCUUUUUAGAAAAGUCUAGCAAUUCCACGUAAACUUUCAGGAAUAGGUGAGAACAAGUACCAUCGAAAGUAAAACAUGGCUUUCAGAA